AUGAAAGCUAAAAGACAACAAGCUUACAAGAAUCUACUCGACAGCUAUAAUAAAAAGUACCGUGCUAACUUGUCAAUGGACCUUUUGAAAAAAAAAAUACAAAACAUGACAUUUAUUUACAAACGCGAAAAAAAUAAGUAUCUAAGUGCAAGAGCCAAAGGAGAAGAAUAUAGCACACCUAUAUGGUAUUAUGAUCUUAUAUCCUUCAUAGAUAGCGCUGAUAAUAAAGAUUCCACUGAUUUAACUACGAGUAGAAAAAACGAAGAUCAAGAAAGCUCUGUCUGUAACGACGAAUACGUUGAAUUUGAAGACGAAGAUCGCAUAACUAGUAAGCCAGAAUCGGAGGUUGUAUAUUUAUUAAAUCACAACGACAACAAGGUUACAUCAAACCAAACUUCCCGUGAGAAUAUUGAAAGUGAAGCGAUAUCCUUUGGCCGAACCAUAGGCCUACAGUUACAGGAACUAAAUACAUCCCAAAGAAUUAUAGCGGAAAAAUUAAUCUCCGAUACAAUAUUUAAUGCAAGAUUGCAUAAAUUGACAACAAAUUCAUGUAUAAAAUUGGAA